UUCAACCACAGGAAGAACACAGAUGGCCUCUGAUGACAUCACAAUGGACGCAUCAUGUCGAUGGUUACGGGAGCUGGCAUCCCACCUGUUUCCCAGGCGUUUCUGAGGGCACCACCCGGACAUUCACCUACCGAUGUAGGACAGGGUGCUGUGGCUUGGGAAAGAGAGCAGGAACCAUCCUGCCAAUCGGGAGGAAAUUAUAAAGGAGAGAAGGUCUCUUAGAAUCAGCUUGGACUUGUAGCUUCCAGGUUUUGUUUGCAGCCAUCGCAGUGUGGAUGAACUCCACCGUCAGCCAGUCGGAGAGCGAGGUCUCUUCUAUGGCCUGGAUCCCUCACCCGGAAGACCUUCAGCGAUACCUGGCUAAAGGGGAAUACCCUCUCUUUCAGUCUGUCGCAAUGUUCGAGAGUAACUUCAUCCAGAUCACUCGGGGAGGCAGGCACGUGGACGUCCAUAAUCAUCCGACCGAGGCCACCAUUGGCAUCGUCUCCACCGACAACAAACUGCCGCUGCCCAACAUAAUGCUCAUCGCUCGCCCGGUGCCCACGCAGAACGGCCAGGUCUCCUCAGGGGGCCGUGCUGAGCAGCUGGUGCUCACCAGGCUCCUGCCCUUGAAGUUCGUGCGCAUCUCCGUCCAUGACCCCGACAGGCAGCGCAUCAAGCUCCAGCUGGCCAACGGGCGCUCCUACUACCUGCAGCUCUAUGCCUCCCCGGAGGAGCAGGAACCCCUCUUUGAUCGCUGGCUGUCACUCAUCUACCUGCUGCACCACCCCCCCAGCUACUACCUGCGCCCCACCUCCUGCACAUCCAGAGACAGCCUCAGUGUGCGCAUCCUCGCCAGUGAGGAGGAGAUAGAGGCAGGGACAGGAAGCCAGAGCAAGGAGUGGGAGGAUGAAGAGCCAGAAGAGGAAGAAAAGGGGCCGGUGGACCAUGCUGCACGUCCUCUUGGUGAGAGCAGCAGCCCAGCGAGUGUCGCCAAAGAGCCAAGCACCGAGACCAAGCAGGAACUGAACUCAGAGUCCAAAGAGUGUGGCAGCCUCGUACUGGCUGACGUGGUGAGGAACGACGGGGAUCUGAGGGAAAGGGUCGAAUGCAGCUCACUGCACGUCAGCGCAGCAUUAGUCCAGACCAGGGAGAAUACAUCCGUGUGUGACAGGGCAGACACCCCUGCGAAGGGGACAAGCACAUCCUCAAGCACUUCAGUGAAGGGGAGAUGCAGCAGCCUGAAGAUCGUGACGCUCUUUAGUACCAUUUCCAAAAUACUUCUGAGAAAGUCAAGUGAGGAAGAAACCAUCAACGCUGACCAUGGAUGAUGGGGAAUCCAAGACCCAGCAACGCAGAGGAAAGAGAAGCGAGACCCUGGGCCUGGGAAGAGAAGGGACGCAGACAGGCCGUGCCCAGCUGGACUAGCGACAAACUGCUUCCCUAUAAGGAUGAAGGGAAAGAAAUAGAAGAGAGGUGGCUGGAGAAUGGGAAGAAAAGUUCAUCCACCGAAAGAUUUCUCUAUUCUGUCCUUCCCAUGCCUUUUAAUCCUUUCCGAUUAAACCUCCUUCUCACUAUCGGCCAGCCACACUGGGCUGGGAAAGCCAGAGCGCAGGCUAGAGAGAAGACGGCCCUGGAAUAUUGACAGUUUACAUUGACAAGAGAGCAAGACUCUAGCCUCUGUCGAGAGAUCUGUUGCCUGGUCUUUCACGCUUUUCUAGCAUGUGACAUGCUUCCGGGGGUCAGCUUUCAGCAAGUUGGUCACAAUGGGGAACAAAUACAGAGUUCUGGUUCCACCACAAGAAUCGAUUGCUACCUGCAUAUGCUGGAGGCGAAUGCAUCUGAUACAUCCACAUAGAACCUGAUACUGGGCAGGGACUGGACUGAGGCUGGGUUGGUGCCUUGCCAGAGCUGUGGCAGAGGGGGAACCAGAGUUGGACUC